CGGUUCAAGUGGAGACUCGCGUACUCCAAUCGCUUAUCGUACUUCAAUCGUAUCGACUCAAUCAAAACACGUCGACUUCCCUAUAAAAGCACACGUGACACGCGUCGAGGACUUUUCCCGUAAUUCCGAUAACGGUCGCGCGAUUCAGCCUGGAUCAUUCUGAGCAAACAAAAAUCCGCCUCUUUAACGGGUUUCUCGGCAAUUUUUUUCAAGCGAUAAGGAAGGUCGUUCGAUAAAGAAUCGAUAAAGUUGUCAUAAUCUUCACGCUCCUCGCCCGCAAAACAGCCCGCGAGUGAUCGCUACGCGUCUUGGUUCCGGCCAGAGGGAAGGACAGAAGGAGAGGAAAAUAUUUGCGGGAAAUUGCGAUAAGAAGAGUGACAAAACCACGGAAUCUUGGUUAUCGUCAUCCGCUGGAGGAUUUCCCACGGAAACUGCAGACAGAUCAAUACGCGGUCAGUUCUCCCGUGGCGAACGCCAGAGCAAUCCCGAGCGUCCGUUGACCCUGAUCGCGCGCAACGCGUCGGACAAGUGGUGGCUCCUUCGCUUGGAGAACGUUCGUCAAGUUCGCCGGAACUUCCUCGGCGUCCCCAAAACCCGGAGGAACGAGGAGAUGCGGUAACGAGAGCGAAAGACAAUGUCGUUUCCCGACGUGAGUUACAGCAGGCAGAUGAGCACGUUGUCGAUCAGAGAUUCCUUCUGGUUGCUGUGGCUCUGCCUGCUCGCGAGCUCGGUCUCCCCGAGCGUGUCAUCUUUCGAUGUAUCCUGCUGUCCCGAGGGUACGGUAUGGCAACGCUCAUCCAAUUGUUCAGACGGCUCGAAGAUCCGCCUGGAAUGCCAAUACGGCAUCUUUCUGCUGGAUCCUAAGCUGAGCAAACAUGAUAACUUUACUGUCAUCCACGAGGAGCUCACCGCUUGGCUGUUGCCAGACAGCCAUGAGAGAAUCCCGGCUGACAGAUUUUGCAUAGCCAAAUCGGAGCAGAGCGGUGGUGAUGUCGCGCUGGCCUGCUUUGAUGAGGACCUGAUGGAUGAUGAGAAGACAUCAAACACAUGGAAAAACAUGCUAAUCUGUAUCGUUAGCAUCAUCUCGGCGAUCUUCCUGAUCGCCACUCUGGCGAUUUAUGUUAUCCUGCCGGAAUUGCGAGAGCUCCAAGAUAAGGCGAUGAUGACUGCCGUUACGACUUUGGCCGUUAGUUACAUUGUUCUCUCCAUUCAGCAUUUGCGGCCAAAUUUAGACGACGAUUAUAUCAUCUGUAUUUCUCUCGGAUUCAUACUGUACUUCGCUUUCAUGUCCGCGUUCUUCUGGAUGAACAUUGUGGCCUUCAACGUAUGGCGAUGCGUGUGGUUUAAGAACUUCAGGAUAAAGGAUCAAUUGCUCUUCUACACUUUUUGCGUUUGGGGAUGGGGUGGUCCAACGUGUUUCCUGAUCGCCGCACUGACGACGCAUCAUAUGCCUGGAGAUCACUUGCAACCCGGUUUUGGCCUGUAUGGUUGCUGGUUCAGUGGCCCUAUGGAGACGUGGGCAUGGUUUUACGGGCCAGUCGCUAUUUUGCUAAUGUUAAACAUGAUCUAUCUGGGAUUGACCAGCUGGCGUUUAUGGCAUCAAUAUCGUGAUUACACAGGAAGCAAGUUGCGAAUUUUGCGAUUCAAGUGCUUGCUGUACAUCAAAUUGGUGCUUGUCAUGGGCGUCACAUGGAUCUUCGAACUGAUAUCGUUCGCCAUUGGGACAAAACUGGACGCAGUCUGGAUAGCAACGGAUCUGUUGAAUGGUCUUCAAGGAUUCAUCAUAUUUUUGCUCUUGGUCGCGACGCGAAAAAGAGUGCGGAAGCUAUUGGCGAAGAAGCGACCAUGCGGUAUCGCUUUUCCCAAAUCUUGGGCCGCAUACGAAGACGAGGAGUGCGAAGCAGUGCUACCCGAGGAGCUUGAACUGUCUCAACAAGGAUAAGAUUCUCUUACAAUUUGUUUUCCAGCAUCUACAUUCUAACGUAUGCGUUACAGAUAUAAUGUAUGCAUGUAUUACAAAUCUUUGCGCAGAUAUAUCAGAGUAUGUUGAUAACGAAAUAGUUGCAAGUUAUAAGAAGGCAGGAUCUUUUAUACGGGUUAAAUAUAAGAAAUAUCGUCUAGAGAAAGAUAAUCUUGCUUUAUCUAUAUAUUAUCUGUAAACAGAUAACGCGACACAUACUGUUGACAGGCUUUUAAUUAAUUUGAUUCUAAAAAUAACUCCUUUAUAAACGCAUUUUAUUCUCCGUGCGAAUAUUCUCGUUAUUAUAUAGUCUCAAUCAUGUUAAUUCGUUUGUCAUUUGUGAUUCAGUUUCGCGAAAUCAAUGUUAAUUUAAUGUAUUUUUUGCGUUAACGCGCGCAAUCUUUUAUUCUUUUAUAUUUAGUAGUACUAAGUAUAAGAGAGAUAAAUAUGACGAUUGCCUUAUAACAAGUUAAUUAUAAAUACCGUACGUUGUAAAUGACGAUCGUCGUGGAAGGUAUUUCGAUUAGCGUAAUGAAGUAUAUUAUUAUUAAGCUGUAUAAGAAUCUCCGUAAACAUUAUGCAAAU